AUGGCCAAUAUUCGACCACUGAAUGAAGAAUUGCAAAAAGUUGCCAUUGAAUUGGGCGAAGUACCAUCACGAUUGGCAGAUGAUUUGGCGGCGCUCAAGGAAUGGAUACACCAACAGCCACAUUUGAGGGCGAAUACAGAUGAUCAAUUUUUGGUGGCCUUUUUGCGUGGUUGUAAAUAUUCGCUGGAAAGAGCGAAGUCGAAAAUUGAUCGUUAUUUUACAAUGAAGAGUAAAUUUCCCGAACUAUUUGGUCCCAUUGAUGUGGAUAAUCCAAGGGUGAGGGAAUUGCUGCGGACAGGAACAUGGUUAUACUUACCCACCCCCUUGAAUGAAAAUGGUCCCCGCAUUGGCAUUAUGCGUAGUGGUCUCUAUUCCGUUGACAAAUUCUCUGCCGAAGAAGUUAUGCAUGUUGCCCAUGCCCUGCAGGAAAUUAGUUUAUUAGAAGAUGAUCAUGCCAUUUUGCAGGGUGUAAUAUUUAUUGGUGAUUUUGAAAAGGCCACUAUGGCCCAUAUGAUGCAAAUGACACCAUCGUUGAUGAAAAAAAUGACCGUCCAUUCUGAAGAGGCGGUGCCACUUAGACCCAAGGCUCAACAUUUUAUAAAUACAAUUGCCGGAUUUGAACCUAUUUUCAAUAUGGUGAAACCCAUGAUGUCGGCUAAGCAGCAGAAGAGGUUAUAUGUCCAUGGCAAUAAAAUGGAUUCACUGAUCAAAGAAAUCCCCCUCAAGUAUUUACCCAAAGAAUAUGGCGGUGAAAAUGGUUCGGUUGAGGAGAUAAUUGCCGAAUGGGACAAAAAAUUGGAUCAAUAUAGAGAUUAUUUCAAGCGUAGUGCUGAAUGGGGUACCGAUGAAAAGUUGCGUCCCGGCAAGGCCAUUGAUUUUGAAAGCCUUUUUGGCAUUGAUGGUUCGUUCCGUAAAUUGGAUGUCGAUUGACUUAUUAAUGAAAUUUUUAAGGAUAUUUUAGAGUGACAAAGGA